UCCGGACUCCCCUCCGAAGAUCCCCAAAGGAAUGGCGGGCUGUGAGGACGACGACGACCCGAAGCGAGAGAAGAGUUCGAUAUCCUUCACGAGCUUCAAUUACAUCAACUCGAUCGUCGGCAGCGGCGUUAUAGGAAUGCCCCUGGCCCUACACGAGGCAGGCUUCGGGGUCGGCCUCCUCCUGCUGGUGCUGGUGUCGCUCAUCACGGACGCCUCCCUCUGCCUCAUGAUCGCUGUGGCACGGACCGUACAGGCCAACACGUACCAGGAGCUCGUCAGCAGAGCCUUCGGAAGACCAGGAUUCAUCGUGACGUCGUGUCUGCAGUUCCUCUACCCUUUUAUCUCGCUUAUCAGUUACAACAUCAUUGUAGGCGACACAAUGACCAAAGUGCUCAUUCGAGUCACAGGAAUCGGCGAAGAGUCUGUGCUGGCGAGGCGUGAAUUCAUCAUGGCUGCGUCCACCCUGCUGAUUACCCUCCCUCUCUCUCUCUACAGGAACAUCACUCGCCUGGCAAAGAUUUCCCUGACGUCUGUGGUCAUGAUUGUGGUCAUUGUGGUGGCCAUGCUGGUCAGGAUGAGCACCAUGAGGGGUAUUGUCCCCGCCACCCCGACGCCUGGCAGUUCGGCGGCACCAACCUCGUCUGCCAUCGGGAUCAUGAGCUUCGCCUUCAUGUGCCACCACUCCAGCUUCCUCGUGUACGAAUCCCUGGCGGACAACACGCAGGAGCGCUGGAAUAAGGUGACUCACAUCUCGAUUGCUUCCGCUGCAGUCCUCAGCUUAGUGUUUGCCGUGGCUGGAUACGUGACUUUCACUGGACUUGCACAAGGCGACGUCUUCGAGAACUACUGCUGGGCCGACGACCUCAUGAACAUCUGCCGCGGUUUCUACGCCGUCACCAUCCUGCUCACGUUCCCCAUCGAGUGCUUCGUGGCCCGGGACGUUCUCGAGACGGCGUUCUUCCAGGACUACCAACCGCAGCCGUUCUUCCGCCACGCCGUUCUCUCGGUCCUCAUCGCCCUGCUGUGCAUGCUGCUCUCGCUCGCCACGGACUGCCUCGGGAUCGUGCUCGAGCUGAACGGUAUUCUGUGCGCCGUGCCCCUGGCCUACAUCCUACCUGCUCUCUGCUACAUCAAGCUGGAGGAGGGCCCCCUGUGGUCUCAGAGCAAGUGGACGGCGUGGGGCGUGGCCAUCUUCGGCGUCACCAGUGCCAUGGUUGGCACCGUGUCUCUCUUCAGGAACAUCGGAGAGCUGUCGGAGUGUUCUCAUGGCACCCAGAUGCCCUACUGUCUGACCGGCGUGAAUGAAACGGCGGUUGAGUUUAAUUUCUAAGCUGCAGAGAUUUGGUCAAAAGCUGAGUUGAUUUCGGCAUUUUUUUUCGUAUUCCCUUUCUGUGAUUACUCCUUUCUUUCGUCACUCGUUUCGUUUUCCCAAUUCAUAUGUUCCUUUUUCCUCUUCUUUUCUCGUCUCUCCUGGUAAUUGUGAUUAGUCAAUUUUUAUACUAAUAAGUCUCGAUAGUAAAAAAAUGUUAAAGAAAAAUAAGCACUGACGUAAAGGAAAAAAGAAUUCUAAAACCCAAGUGGAAAGAAAGUGAUGGAAAAUAUAUAUUAAUCUUGAUGUUAGAAAAAUGACAGCAUUAUGUGCAUAUAGUGAUAUCAGCCAUAUUUACACUCUUGGAAUUCAUGAGUAUAUAAUUAACAUAUCUCUGUGGCCAUGGGCAACUUCAGGAGAGGAAAGGGGGCUUAUAUGCGCAUACCUCACCGUGGAUGGGCCAAUUUUGAAAAAAAAAUAUAUACAUAUAUCCUUACUUUUUUUAUAUGUAAUCAAAUUAAUAAAUGGUUAUACUUCUACGUAGUCGCAAAUGCAUAAAGAUGAAAACUGCACCACGCUUGCCCUCCGCUAUCAGAAAUCUUUGCAAGCCCCAAAGAUGAAUAAUGUUUUGUGUUUUUUUUUUUUAAUACAUAGGAAAAGUAUUUGUAAACCCAUGAGCCAAGCUAGCGAAAUAUAUAUCAAUAUCACAGGCCUAUAUCAAGAUUUUCAUGAUGCGCCAACGGUGAAUUACAGGCGUAAAUGUUAUGUCUACUUCUAAUGUGAGAAUUUGGCGCUUUCUAGAUGUGAUGCUGGGAUACAAACGUAUUUGAUAUUUGGCUUAUUUUUUAUAAAAUGUUGAGUAUGAGUAAUUUCUUGCACUUAUUCUCGUUGCAUAUGUAAUUAUUCGUGCUAGGGCAAGUACGGUUCUUUAUUCUGAACAAAAUUGGGAAUUUUUAACAUUGAUAAUGAUGUUAAUUGUAACUUUGUGGUCUUAAAUAUAUUUACUCGACGUAAAUACUGAUUCCAUGUUAAAUCCAAGUUGAUUCAGUUAAAAAAUCCAUGCGAACUCAAAGUCCAUGAAUCCGCAACGCUUGUAAGAACGCAUCACAGAUGGAACGGCGCCACUGCACCCGUAGUUUAGUGGGCUUUCACCCGUUCGUAUAGACCGGAUAGAUGCUUUUUUAUGCAGACGGUAUCAUGAGCGACAGAGCUUUGUGAUAAAAUACUUGUCUGGCGUUUGAGGUGAAAUAAUAUAUAAAAAAAAUGUUUGUAAAUUUGUCAGACAGUCAUCAGGGCAUCGUUUACUAAAUGAGACGAUGAAUCCUGUUAUAAAACCUAAUUUUGUCGGGUUAGUCUUAAGCUCUGAAACUGAAGUGUGAUGUAUAACAUUUGACUUUCAAGAAUAGCCGGGUUAUAUAUACCAUAUAUAAUCAAAUAUUAUAUAUUAUUAUAAGUAUGUAAUUCCUCUUUGGAAACAUUUAUUUUUUUUAGAUUUGUUUGUUUGUUAUUACCACAGUUAUCAGUGAUAUACAACUUUGGAGGAUCUGAUUGUUAUCAGUUGUAAUUCUUACCAUUUUAGUUUAUUUGAGAUUAAUACGGACACGAGUAAUAUA